AUGGGUUCGUCCAACGGCACUAGCAAUGGCACCGGUCAAGUCUUUGCCAACGGGAAGAAUAUUGACGUGGAGAAGAUUGCAGUCUCUGCUAAUCUGCCUGCGCAGAUUCCCGCAUUGCUUGAGCAGCUCAAUGCCGAUGGAAUAGGAUACACUAUUACAGACACUGAGGCUCGGCUGAAGCUUCUUGAAACAGCCAGAUCAUUGGUCUAUGCGCUAGAAACUCCCCGCGAAGCAAUAAUCAGACACUGCUGGUCAGAGUCUACUAGCUAUGCCGCGCUGGAGACCGGUGUCGAUGUACGUCUCUUCCAGGCUCUCGGAACCGAUGACACGCCCAAGUCCGUUGCGAAGCUUGCAGAGACAACGGGUGUAGACCCGGCACUGCUUAGCCGUUUGAUGAAGCACCUGGCCGCUAUGGGAGCAGUGGUGGAGACUGGAUCUGACGAGUAUGCCCCGAAUGGUUUCUCGAAGACCUUGACCGAGGAGAGAUAUAGCGAUGCGUUCCCGCUAAUGACAUCCCGCUUCACCCAGGGAAUCAUUGCCCUCCCAGCCUUUUUCAAAAAAAAUAAUUACCGAAACCCGACUAGUCCAACAAACACUGCCUUCCAAAUGGGAUACAAUACCGAUAUGGGUUUUUUCGGACAUAUCCAGCAGGAACCCAUCACCGCGAAGCAAUUUAACAAUCACAUGGGCGUCUACGCACAGGGUCGGCCACGUUGGAUGGAUCCAGGCUUUUACCCGGUACAAGAGCAGCUGAUUGACGGGGCUGCAAUUGGCGAGAAAGACGUUCUGCUGGUUGAUGUGGGUGGUAGCUUCGGACACGAUCUCUCUGAUUUCCGACGCAAAUGGCCUAACGCUCCCGGAAAGUUGGUGCUGCAGGAUCUUCCAGAGGUUGUGGUUUCUGUGAAGGAAGCGCACUCUUCUAUUGAAGUGAUGGCGCAUGACUUUUUCAAGGAGCAGCCUGUUAAAGGGGCUCGUGCAUACUACAUGCAUUCCGUUCUUCAUGACUGGCCGGAUGAUGUUUGUCAGAAGAUCCUUGCCAACCUUGUAGCUGCUAUGGAGCCAGGUUACAGCAAGCUGCUUGUCAAUGAAAAUGUGGUCCCGAGUACGGGCGCGUACUGGGAGACUACAAGCUUGGACAUGAUCAUGAUGGAGAUCGGCUCUGGAGAACGCACGGAGCACCAGUGGCAUUCCCUGCUAGAAUCUGCUGGGCUGAAAAUCGCCAAGAUCUGGUCUGCUCAGCGGGGUGUGGAGAGUCUGAUUGAGUGUGAGUUGGCUUGA